ACUCGAAGACGUCACCUCCCCUCACCUGCUCCUUUGCCCCGCCCCCUCAAAAGUCUUCAGAUCAAACAGCGCGGCUCCACGACUCUGGGCUCCGAUUGGCAAGUGAAGAGGAGGAGGAAGAGGAGGAGUAUGUCAUUGAAUCAAGUCGACCCGGUACAAGACAGGAGUUCACAGCCACCUACAGAGAUGCAGAAACCAUUACUGAUGUGUGUAACAGUACUGAUUUGCCAGAGCUCGAGAUUAUCAGCCUAUUGGAGGAACAGCUGCCAGUCUACAAGCUGAGGGCGGACACCGUCUUCGGCUACGAACAAGAUGAUUGGCUGCACACGCCACUGGUGGAAUCAGACUCUGCCCUCGAGCUGACUACUGAACAGAUAGAGGAGACCCUUAAAUACUUUUUACUGUGUGCUGACAGGGUGGGCCAGAUGACGAAGACCUACAGUGACAUUGAUGCUGUCACUCGACUGCUGGAAGAGAAAGAGCGCGACUUGGAGUUAGCAGCUCGCAUCGGACAGUCGCUGCUGAAGAAAAACAAAACCCUCAGUGAGAGGAACGAGCUGCUGGAGGAGCAAGUGGAGCACAUUCGAGAGGAGGUGUCUCAGGUGCGUCACGACCUGUCCAUGAAAGAUGAGCUGUUACAGUUCUACACCAGCGCAGCCGAGGAAAGUGAGGGGGAGUCAACCACCUCCACACCUGUGCGUCCCAGUGAAAACAAUGUGUCAACUCCAAUUGUUUUCCCCAUGGACUCCUUGCAGAAGAAACUUAAAGAUCUGGAGGAGGAAAACAAAUCAUUGCGAUCUGAGGCCAUUCAUUUGGAGACAGAAACGAUCUCAUAUGAGGAGAAGGAGCUGCAACUUGUCAAUGACUGUGUCAAAGAACUACGUGAUGCCAACGUGCAGAUUUCCACUCUGGCUGAUGAUCUGGCCAGAAAGAGUGAGGACGCCUCCAGACAGCAGGAGGAGAUCACACACCUCCUCUCUCAGAUAGUAGACCUCCAGAAGAAGGCCAAGAUGUAUGCGGUGGAAAACGAGGAGCUGACUCAGCACUUAGGUGCAGCCAAAGACGCCCAGCGACAACUCACCGCUGAGUUGCUAGAGUUACAAGAUAAGUAUGCAGAGUGCAUGGAGAUGCUUCACGAGGCUCAGGAGGAGCUGAAGAACCUGAGGAAUAAAACUCUACCGCUCAGCACAACGAGGCGCUUCCAUUCUCUGGGUCUGUUCCCCAUGGACUCUCUGGCAGCAGAAAUAGAGGGCACCAUGAGGAAGGAGCUCCAGAAUGACGAUCCGGAUGUAGAAGAGCAGAGAAUGCAACCAAAGCGAGUGUUCCAGACGGUGAAGAACCUGAACCUGAUGCGUCAGCAGCGUUCCUCCCUCGCCUCCUCCCUCAACAUCCCCGGCUCCAAUCAGACCUCAUGCCUCACCUCAGAGCGCUCCAGCAGGGUGGGCACCCCGCCCUGCAACUCCUUAUAUGGCAACGACAGCGGGAGCGGGAUCAUCCUGGACAACAGGACAGGCAGUAUCAUGCAGGGUCCGGACGAUGGGUCAGAGGACUCUAACAAGCGGCCCCCUGGGACCCCAGGGACGCCGGGCGGCAGGGACCUGGAGGCAGCCCUGCGACGCCUGUCCCUGCGCCGCGACAACUACCUCUCAGAGAAGCGCUUCUUCGAGGAUGAGAGGGAGAGAAAGCUGGCUUAUCUGGCCAAAGACGAAGAAAAGGGGGGUGAGGGGAGCAGUGGGGGCCCGGGGACGCCCACAGAGAGCCUGCUGUCGAUGUGCUCGCAUCCCUCCUUCGGAAGUGUCUGGUCGGGGUACUCUUUCACAGCCAGGUCCUACCUGCCCGAUAAGCUGCAGAUUGUAAAGCCGCUAGAAGGCUCUGCGACCCUCCAUGCCUGGCAGCAGUUGGCUCAACCCCACAUGGGCGCUUUGCUGGAUCAUCGGCCCGGUGUGGUCACAAAGGGCUUCUGCACUUUAGAGCAGGAGGAACAGGAAGAGGGCUGGCAGCUGGACCAACCGGAGGAGGACGAAGUGUCAUGUGACUCCUUCUCUGUCUUGUCUGGCGAGAGUUCCGCUGACAUGGACGUGCCUCACUCUUCUCCCCCUGUCUGCUAUAACAAAAAGGACAUUGAUGAGAAUAGCCAAUCAGAAACAUUGCAAGGAGACAUGUGCAGGGCUCCAGAAGCCAUUCAUGUAAAAGAUGGACAUGUUGCAGAUAUGCCCCUUCCCUUCUCCUGCUCCUCUUCCUCCCCACUCCCCUCUUCUUCAGAGAUGAACGGACAUGUGGACCUGAAGGAGCUCCAGGCCCUACAGGCCAGCCCAAUGGACCGUCUGCCUGUAAAUUUCCCAGGGAAGUGUAUGUCCACUACUAGCUCUACAUACACCUACACCACCUGCAGGAUCCUCCACCCCUUGGAUCAGCUGACUUCUGUAUCCCAAAGCUCAGCUCUGUCUUCUUGUCAGAGCAGUGCUUAUAUCGGCACCCCUACCACCACCACCACCUCCUCUACACCUUCCUACACCCCCUGCUGCACCCCACGCCGACUCUCCCUGUCCCUCUCAAUGGCCGAAUCCUCCACCAACCUCCGAGACUCCACCAAGACCACCAGCACGUCCCUGGGCCUGGUGCACCUCCUGCUGGAACAUGGGAUUUCCGCCUCAGUGUACGACCCCUGCAGCUGGGACCGAGGUUUGGACACCAGCGGAGCUUCCACACCGGUGAGAGGAGCACAAGCACGGAGUAUCACCGAUUCCCCGGAGCCGGAACGCAGACGAGUGUUGAAACGCCCGGACUCCCUCCUCCUGCAGCCCUCCACCCCGCCCAACUCCCCUCGCUCCAAAUCUGCCUCUUCCACCAACACCCGGCCAGUUUUCCAGUUCAGCCCUUCCACUGAGGACCCGCCAUUUUUCGACACCUUCCUCGCCUCGAAGCCGGCUCGAACCAUUCUGAGGGAGGUGCUGGGGGAGGCGGAGAGGGAGCGAGCGGGGGACACGGAUGAUGAGAGCCAAUCGGAGAAGCUGAACCUGCGACUUGUAGACAAACUGAAACGUUUCCGCACUCUCCCCCAUCACGCUGCUUCUGCUUCAACUGGGAGUGCUCUGUUAGCCCCCUUUGGGCCAACUGGACUGGCAAACAGUGCACUGGGGGGGGGGCUUCCAGGACUGAACGCAGGGCUGAGGAGGAAUCGAAGCUAUCCGGCCAUGGUGGGGGCCAGUAUGGCGAUGAAAGACCCAGGAGGCCCCCCCAGCACAGAGAUAGUCAUACCACAUACGAUGCAAACCCCACACACAGUGUCCACACAGGAAAGAAAUCACACCCAGGCCAAACACACACCACAAACUCUACAUGAAGUGGAAACAGUCACAAUGCAGAUAAAGCAGAGACACGCCAGGCCCAACGAUGGACUGUGGCAGUUGAUAGGUAACGACGAGAGUGGGACAUAAAGGGAAAGGUUCAGUGUGUUAGCUCAUAUGCACUGAGACUAGAUGUGUAUGUGCAUGCAUACAAAAUUGCAAAGCCAAAUAACCUACAUGACUAUAGACAUCCUGAAGGUAGUGUGAUGAACAGUGCAGUCCUCAAACACUAAACUACACGAUAAACCAUCUCUACUCCUAACCAGUCCAUACUCCAACUAAUUAUUGAAACAAUCGCCAGUAGACGUGAAAGGCUGGUGAAUAAAGCAGUAGUGUCUGACACUAACACUGUGUUAUACUCAUAAACUGUCGGAGCAGACUGCUGAUGCUGGAGUGUGUUGCCUUCCUCUGUGUCCAUUGUAAUUUGUAUGUUGUACAUGCAAUAUACUGUCAUAUAAGGUAUAAUAUUAAAGACCCAAUCUGGUGAAAGUACUGCGCAGCUUUUCAGUCUCAUUUUCAUAUUCAACCUGAUUGAGUACAAUUUUGGAGAAAAUGACAUUAAUUACAAAUGUAAUGUACUGGCCAGAAUAUAAUAUGAUUUAUGAGGAAAAGUAUAUUUCAGGACUACACAGUCAUGCAUUUACUGAGCAGAUGUUACUGUUACUGCACUUUAAAGAAGUCCUGUGUCAUCAUGUUGGGAGGCGGGCAAGUUUGUACCGUAACAUUGGAAAUCCAAAAUCGAAUGAAAGCAUUGAUGACCCUCAUCUAUUACAAGUCUGUAGUCUUUGACAUAUUUGAAAUGUGCGUGCCCACUGAUUAUUUUUUAAGUCAGGUCCUGCCAGUGUUCAGUCUACAGUUCGAGCUUGCAGCUAAUGCUAAAUCAAACCAGGAACAGAACAAGAACUCUCUUCCAUUAUGAGGAUUCAGCCAAGAUUAAGCUUUCUGCUAGUCCUGAAUGAGGCAAGCUUUGCUGUACCGUAUUUUUAUAUAAACAUGGCUAAUUUUCCUCCCUUGUUGCAAACCAUUGUCACCUUAUGUUCGGGCCAAUGUGACAUUUUGAAAACCUUAAUUGCACUGGAAUGAAAUGGAAGUGAUAUUGUCAUAUGGAGUAGCAUUGGCACUAGAGAUUGUUUUCUACCAGCAACUCUUGUGUUCUCCCCCUUAAUAUGUGUAUGUAAGAAAAAUGUAUUUUCUAAAUCAAUCCAGAUUGGGGCUUUAAUGUGUGAUCUGUUCUUACGUGCCUAAAAUCAUACUGUAUGUCAUUCGAUUAUGGGUUUGUACAAUUUAAGAACUUUAUUAUUUGAAUGCAGUAGAGAAAGUUAAUGAGGAUGCCCGGACAGGCUCAUUUGUGUAUUUUUUGGCAUUUUGUUUUCAUCUUCUAAUGAGUUUGAGUUUAUUUCCUCCUCCACAGGGACAUGUAGCACAUAAACAGUAAUGCAGAACAGCUACAGCUAUACAGACACCUGGUUAGCACUGUGACGAACACAUUUGCUUUGUCGGAUUCACUUUCUUUUCCACCAUAUUUCCUUUGUAAAUCUGGAUCACACGCAUACAUCUGACAGCUUAUAACUUAUUUUGUCAAAAAUGAAGUGCGUGGGUAAAAAAAAAAGUAAUAUCAAACAUGUUUGUUUCUGAAUGUAAUUGUAAAUGGAGUGACUUGAAAUAUCCGAAUGUUGGUUCUAAAGAGCGUGAUAUUGCUUUUAUCCGUUUGUUGCUGAAGGGACGUUUUUUUUCAUCACUGACCCAGUUCCAGUGUCCACCCUCGGGAAUGCCCAGACAUCUACUUACUGCAAUUCUUAUUAGACUAUUUUAUGAGUUUUAUGAACCCAUUAUUGAAAUACGAUGGAUAUAAUGCUGAUCAGGUAUCGGUUCAGUCCGAGGUGACGCAUUGGGACUGGGCCACUGUCUGUCAGUGAAUGAAUAUUUCAAACUGUGUGGCUCUGAUGCUGCCAGUGAUCUGCUGAAAUCCUUAAUAAUUAAGGAGUUAAACUAGCAAUGUUAUUGAGUGAGAGAUUAUUAAUCAUUAAAUAUAUUUAUUACACUUGGAUUAUUAGAAGCACGCAUAUUACUGAAUGUCCAUUGUACAUGUUAAAGGACUUUUGCAGAUUGUAUUUAUAUUUUUAACGGUCGCACUGACAUUAUGAAUCAUUUGUCCUCCGAGAAUGUGUUGUUAUUGUUAAAUGUUAAACAUUUCUCUGGCACUAUUAAAAUGACUUCAUAGAAACAUUUCUAUGGCACAUUGUUCGAUGCUGCCCAUAACUUCACAACAGUUGCCCAUUUGGGGAAGAUAAAGAACAUGUUACAGUAUUUAUGAUACCAAGUGCUAAGACUGAAGGUGUGUGUGUACGUGUUGAAUCAUCUGAAUGUAAGUUAUGACAAACACUAAUCUGCUGAAGGGCCAUACAUUUGUGUACAGUACGUUGAUUUCUCUUCAGUUUCUGGUAACCUCAGACAGAGGGCUAUUAUUACAUUGUAAAUGUAUGCAACACAUGUAUUCAUGCUUACUAUUUUUUAAAGAAAUGCAUAACAGUUCAACAAAAACACAGGGAAUUAAGUUGUUCAUUAUUAGUGAAGCGGGAAAGAAACGUUUCUGUUCAGGGACUGAUGUGUUCUAUUCUACAGAGCAGACCGUGCCUGCUGCCAAUAAAAAUAAAUACGUGAAGACUGA